AUGCACGAUUGGCUGAUGUUGUGUGUGAUGUCAGCCGCCGGCGGUGUGUGCGUCCUUCUCGGUCCCUCUGGAUCCCCCAAACAGGGAUAUCAUAUCCGCGAGUGGUUGGAACGACUGGACGACAUGCUCCGUCAACAGGUUGUCAGCGUAGGAAACAUCGAGGAAAUCUCCGAACAGAUCGACAAGCAAAAGAAUGUAUUGCGGGAGCUGGAGGGGAAGAAGCCACAGUUGGAGGAGUUGGUCUCCACGGCUGAAUCUCUCAAAUCCCAGGCCAAUCGACAACAACUUCACGGGAAAGUUUGUCGAUUGCGAGAGCACUGGGAGGAGACCUACAACCGUAUGAGUGAGAGACGCAGUCGACUUGAGAUGAUGCUGGGGGAUUCCAAGCAAUGGCGUAGCAUGCAUGCAGAUGUGGAUGCCUGGUUGCAGGCCAUGGAAGCCCAGUUUCGUGCCAUGGGCCCUGUUGCACACAAUGUCGACAUUCUUGAGGCCCAGCUCAAGGAGCAAAAGGCAUUUCAUGCAGAGUUGCACCAACACCGAGGCCAGUUGGAGAUGCUGAACAACCUCACUCAUUCUCUAGCUGAGAAGUACAGUGAGGAUGACACAAGGAAGCUCAAGAGGAGCACCGAUGCUAUUAACCAGCGAUAUUCCCAACUCAAUCAUAGUGUGGUAUCAAGGGGGAAGAAUCUCCAUGGAGCGGUGAGCAGUCUUCACUCAUGGGACAAGAGCGUGGAGAAGUUUCUCUCAUGGCUGUCAGAUGCUGAAACCACUCUGGAACGAGUAGAAUCUGAAGCUGCUUCUGACCCUGAUCAUGCACUCUCUCUUCUCAAGGACCUGCAGCUGGAGAUGGAGAGCCAGAGAGAUACGUGGUGUCAACUGGCGUCGACUGGUCAGAAGUUGCAGAGCAACUUGGAGAGUCAAGAAGAGUCCGUCGGCCUAUAUCACCGACUCUCCGAAAUGAACCAUCGAUGGAAUGGACUUCGACAGAAGGCUGUUGCCAUCAGGAGUCGUUUGGAAUGCAACUCAGACAAGUGGAACACUCUGUUGUUGUCCCUGAGGGAAUUGAUUGAAUGGGUGAUCCGGAAGGAAACGGAACUUCAAGCCAUGGCCUCCUUCCGAACCGACAUGAACUUCUUGCAGAAGCAGCAGGAAGACCUGAGAUCAUUCCGCCGCCAGCUGGAGGCACGACAGCCAGUGAUAGAUGCAAAUCUGGCUCAGGGGCGACAUUUCAUUGCAACUGAGCCACCAGUGAGUGAUGGAAGUGACUCAGAGGAAGCCAUGGACCCAGCAGCCAGAGAUGCCAGAGAGUUGAAUCGUUCCAUUCGAAGGGAAGUUGGGAAGCUGGGAGAGAAAUGGGCCAACAUCCAUGGGCGACUGGAUGUCCUGCAGCAGCGCAAUAAUGACCUCCAAGCAAAGGUGCACAUGCUGUACAAGACAAUGGAUGAGGCGCAUCAGCGACUAGCCUCCCUUGAGUCCUCCUCUUCACACCUGGAUGCCCUUGCUGAUCCUGGGCGGGCUCUUGAGCUCACAUCUGAAAUGAGGAGCUUGGCUGAACAGUUGGGUCCUGUGCAGAAGUGUAUUGAUGAUGCCAAUGACCAAGUUGGAAGAUUGCGGGGCUCCAGUGUGAGCCUCACACCCAGCAUAUCUGCUCGUCUUGAUGACCUCAAUCAGCGAUGGCAUCAGAUGCGUGGAGGGAUGGAGGACCGGUGGCGUCGUAUGAGUGUGGGUGAGCCCCCAUUGAUGCCAUCAGUGUACCGCAGCAGUCAGCGGUCCCUGAAUCGGAUCUCAGUGCCGAAUUACAUGGCACGAAGGAGCGAGCCACUUCAACCACCUGAACAUGUUUCUGUGUCUUCCAUGGCCUUCCUCUCUUCCUCUGUAGAUCAUCCUUGGGAACGUGCUGUUGCUGCAAAUAAUGUGCCUUAUUACAUCAACCAUGAGACAGAAACAACACAUUGGGACCACCCAGUGAUGGGAGUGAUGAUGGACAAACUGUCAGAUAUGAACUUACUUCGUUAUUCUGCCUACCGCACAGCAAUGAAACUGCGCCUGUUGCAGAAGAAGCUCUGCCUGGAUCUAGUGAAUCUGUCUACAGUGAUAGAGUCAUGUGAUCGGCAUGGUCUACGUGCCAUGAACGACAAGUUGAUCUCUGUGCCAGAGAUGGUCAAUGUCCUCCACUCCAUAUACCAGGUUGCUGCCACUGAGCAUCACAAUCUCGUCAAUGUCAUCCUCUGCACUGAUCUCUGCCUCAACUGGAUCCUCAACAUCUAUGAUAGUGGUCGGAGUGGUCAGGUUCGGGUCCUGUCAUUCAAGGUGGCUUUGACCCUCUUGUCAAAAGGACAUGUUGAUGAGAAGUUCCGAUAUUUAUUCCGGUUGAUUGCGGAUCCAGAUCGGCAGGCUGACCAGAGGAAACUGGGCCUUCUGCUCCAUGACUGUCUCCAAGUCCCUCGUCUUCUUGGGGAGGCUGCAUCCUUUGGUGGGGCCAACAUUGAACCCUCUGUCAAGUCCUGCUUUUCCAUCGCUGGGCCAAAUCGCGAGACCAUUGAGGUGAGCCACUUUGUCACAUGGGUUCAACGAGAACCCCAGUCAGUUGUGUGGCUUCCAGUCCUUCACCGUCUUGCUGCAUCUGAGACAGCUAAGCAUCAGGCCAAGUGUAAUGUUUGCAAGGAGUACCCCAUUGUUGGGUUCCGGUAUCGAUGCUUGAAGUGCUUCAACUUUGACAUGUGUCAGAGCUGCUUCUUCUCAGGACGGAUAUCCAAGCACCACAAGCCAUCUCAUCCCAUGCAGGAAUACUGCACAGCUAGCACAUCUGGAGAGGACAUGAGAGAUUUCACCCGCACUCUAAGGAACAAGUUCAAGUCGAAACGAUACUUUCGUAGGCACCCGCGCAUGGGUUAUCUUCCAGUUGCAGGUGGUGGGUCAUCAUCAGAUGCUGGUUCUGGGACAGAAGGGACUCCAAGCCCACAACUUGGGCCAGCCACUCCAACUCCAUCUGAGACAGCCACCCCUAAUGCCCACACAAUGCCCAGAGACCAUGGGAAUUCAAGCAAUGGGAAUAAUGCUCUUCCUCCACAGGAAGUUCACUCUCGUCUUGAGAUGUAUGCCUCUCGCUUGGCUGAAGUCGAGCUCCGAUCCCAGGGCAGCCCCAUCACUGACUCGGAGGAUGAGCAUACAUUGAUAGCCCAAUACUGUGCAUCCCUUGGGCAACGUAGCAUUGAACAUAAAGACAUUCCACCCACUGUGCCCAUAACAAGGCAUCGAGUCACUUCCCCAAUCCAGAUUCUGCAAGAGAUUGAUGCAUCACAGCAGGAGGAACUCACUGCAAUGAUCAAGGAACUGGAGGCUGAGAAUCAGGCAUUACUUGAGGAAUAUGAUCGACUGAGGGCUGUGAGAGCCCAGGAUGCCCCUGAGAAACCUUAUUCAUAUCCAGGACUUCCAGGUGGAUCAACUGGGUCAGGUCUGGACAGUGAGAAUGAGUUUGGGACCAAUGAAGAAGAUCUAAUGGCAGAAGCACAACUGUUGCGGCAGCACAAAGGUCGCCUGGAAGCACGGAUGCAGAUUCUGGAGGAUCACAACCGUCAACUUGAAGGUCAACUUCAGCGUUUACGCCAGCUCCUCGAUCAGCCUCCAUUGACAGAAGAGUCUUUGCAUCCAGUGGUGAACAAGAUGGGUACUCUGCAGCAUCGGCAUGUGACUGCAUCACAACUUGCCACUGAUUCUCCUAGGAUUGUCAAUGGACACCAUGGUCACCAAGAUGGAGAUUCCAGGAAUGGCACCAAUGGUUCUGAGUUGCAUCAGGUGGACUAUGGAGAUCGACCAGCACCUCCACCUGCACCAUCCAAUCUAGCCUCAUCCAUGGCCCAUCAGCAGAUGGAGGAUCUAUUACACAGAGCAGGAGAUCUUGGGAAAGCAGUUGAGAGUCUUGUGACUGUUAUGACUGAUGAGAACGAUUUUAAUCAUGUUGUGGACCUGAAGUGAUAAAAGCACUGCACAAAUGCAAGUGGUGGUGAUCACGCAGCAAUAUCCUCCCCCAAGAAAACGCAAAAAGGACUUCCUGUUUCUCUUCUAGUGCAUAUCAUAAAAGAAAAGAUGAAGAAUUUUUUAUUCUGAGUCUAGGAUUUCUAUAAGUAUGUGGAUGUCUUAUGCUCUCAGGUGAAGGUUCAGUCAUAUCCUAAAACAAGGAACCUUCUUGUUGGUUCUUUUUUAUAUGUGUUCGCUCGUGUGAAGACAUCUGAUCAUCUUCCCAUUCCAUGUGGAUGAGAGACUGAGACUCUGUUGUCACCACACCCCGUGAACAAACCUGGACGAAAAGAAAAAUGUUUCCAAUAAACUUGAGAAAAAGUUUGACCAUACUCCUUAAUCACAUCUUUUUUUAUCACAUCUUGAGUGUGGAAUGUUGCUAGAACAAGAAAGACUUUGAUGU